CCUUGGCUUCAGCCCGAGCAAAGAUUGAAGAAUAUAUGCGAGAUUAGGAGAUAUUACGAAAUUAUGAGUGGUUUACCCCGUGAAAUAUUGAAAUGGAUACAAAGUUUGGACCUUUCACACCCCGUACGAAAUACUAGAAGAGAUUUCUCAAAUGGAUAUCUGGUGGCCGAGAUUUUCUCUUGGUAUUAUCCACAAGAGAUUGAAAUGCACUCAUACGACAAUGGUACAUCCCUGCCUUGUAAACAUGGGAACUGGUCUCAACUACAGAGGUUUUUUCAACGUCAUAAAUUUGACAUUCCUAAAGAGGUUAUAGAGGGCACAAUCCAUUGCAAGCCUACUGCAGCAGCUUUGUUAAUGGAGAAGGUCUACUUCCUGUUGACAAACAGAAAAAUCAAGAUUGCAUCGGUAGGGGAUGAAUAUAAUUUUACUGAUAGCAACUACCAAGAGCAGCUUCCAGCUCAUGCAAGAUCUACAGCUUCAAUGGCCAUAAAAAAUAAUAUUGCAAACACAGAGUUCUCAACUGAUCCAGACCGCAUCCUCUGUCAACAAAAGGCCCAAGCUAUAAUUAAUGUCCACUUGGAGCAUAGAAGACAGGAAAGAGUUGAGGAUCCACGUCGUUUUGGUAUUCGCCCAACACUUGGCCAGCUGUGUCCAAGAAAAGUCCCCCCAUCAAACUACAAUGAAUCCUUACAAAGACCUCAAAGGCAUACAAAAGGACACAAAACUGAGGACAAUCCCGAAGGAAAUCAACCAGCAAAAUACACAGAAAUACAAGUAAAGCAAGUGACAGAUACAGGUGAAGGAUUCCUUCCUCCAAUACAAACUACUGGAAUGUACUCAAUGGUGCACUGAGGAUGGCAAUUGUGAAACCAAAUACCAUUUAAGAUAGUUAUUACAUUUUAGUCAGAAAUCCCAAUAAGAAUUCCUUGACAUGACAGUUCAUCAUUAACUAUCAACACUCAAUUAUUAGUAGUACGUGUGUGAAAAGUAGUUGUAACUUGUUUUUUUUUUAAGACUUCCAUGCUUUCGCUUUCAAGAUCCAAAUCUCAAUUUUCUACUUUCUCCAUCAAAGAUUUCAUAAUAAUUCAGCUGAGGAUUGUGAAGCACUAGUGAAAUACUUCCCUUUCUUGUUGCCACCUUCCUCCUUGACAGUGUAACAAUACUGAAAUGAGGAAGAAUUCUGUUCUUGUUGUCACAGAUAAAAUCCUUUGAGAACUCCAGCAAUGCUAAAUAUAUUUUCAUACCUGAUUUACCUUUCAAUCAAAUGUGUUCCAAUACUUGAUAUGUUCAAGAGGACAUCAGUUAAAGAUUAGGAGUUGCAUUUUUUUUUUUUUUUUUAAUUUCAAUGAUGUCCCUCCGCAUUAAAAUAUCUAAACCGCAUUGUUUCAAGGCAAAUUUUUAUGUAGAUAUUAGGAGUGUUAUGUUGUAAAUAAAUAAACCUUGCUAUGUUAAAGAGUUUUAACUUUACUUAUUGUUAGUGUGUGGACAAGCAUUCCUCUUGUCAAUAGUCCAUUUUACAGUUGUGUGCUUGGUUGCCAAGCCUUUGAAUGGGAGCGAGGCUAGGGAUGAC